AUGGUAACGAUAGGUCUUCAUUCCAUUCACGACUCUCAAAAAUCUUGCUCAAUUCAAGCCUUUGUUUUACCACGGCUCACAGCAAAAUUACCUAUCUACGAUGUUGUCCGGAGGACCUGGCCACAUAUUAACGGUCUUCAGUUAGCUGAUCCAGAGUUCUUCCGCCCGGGUCACGUGGACGUUAUUAUCGGUUCGGAUAACUACGGUCACAUUAUUUGUGACGGUUUAUACAAGGGUGGUCCCAAAGAACCGGUAGCACAGAAAACUCUUUUCGGCUGGAUUUUAUCUGGGCCUGUAACAUCUGAGAGUUCGUUGCAAGAUCCGUUAGCGUACCACUGCUCUGUUGACGAUUCUUUACAAGAAAUAUUUCUUACACAAUUUUGGAAACAAGAGGAAAUAGUUCCUUUGGCAUCAUCCCUCCUCUCCCCAGACGAAGCCGAAUGCGAGAAACAUUUUGCUACCACGCAUAGACGCGAUUUCACAGGUCGAUAUGUAGUCCGACUUCCUUUCAAGUCUUUCUCCCAUACUUUGGGAGACUCACGGAGGUCUGCCCUCGCCUGUCUGUCGAGACUCACGAAGCGCUUUUCAAUCAACGCAAAAUAUAAACAACUGUACGAAGAAUUUAUCCAAGAGUAUUUAUCUUUAGGUCACAUGAAGGAGGCGCCGACGGAAGAGGAGUUUCUUCGCUUCCAUCUUCCCCACCAUGGAAUUGUCAAGCAACAGAACGGGUCACCUAAAAUUUGUGUAGUUUUCAACGGAUCAAGUCGCACCUCCACAAAUGUUUCCCUCAAUGACAUCCUUCAUUCAGGUGCUAAACUCCAGGUUGAUAUAGCCAAGGUUCUUCUGUGGGCUCGUUCUCAUCGCUUUAUCUUUGUGGCCGACAUCGUUAAAAUGUUUCGACAGAUAUCUGUGCACCCUGAGGACUGGAGGUACCAGAGCAUUCUGUGGCAAAGACCUGACCAGGAGGUCAUAGUUUAUUACCUCACCACGGUCACGUACGGACUCAGCUGCGCGCCGUUCCUAGCCCUCCGCUGUUUACAACAGCUAAUAGAGGAUGAAGGGCCAAAAUACGCCAAGACAAUUUCCCCUUUGUCCAAGGGUCGCUACAUGGACGAUAUUUUUGGUGGAGCGGACUCAAUCAUCGAGGCAAAAGAAAUAAUUCAGCAAGUGAAGAAGUUGUGCAACGCCGGGGGGUUUCCUUUACUAAAGUGGCAAAGUAAUAACCCCGAACUUCUGCCUACCGCAACCAUUACGAAUCCGGGGAACGAAGUUAAUUUAGAAUUUGAAUGA